CUGGUUCUAAUGGUCCUUUACCUAGUUGUGAGAAGCAUUGGUUACUAGAAUUGUUCAGAGUUACCUUAGGUUUCAUUGAUCUAAUCUGAUCAAGGAGUGCAACGAAAAGAACGAAAUCUAACUAUUGUGUCAUCACUCAAAAUGGUAUUUGUGGCGCUCGUAUUACAUUCCUCACACUGUAGUUUUGCUUGCAGAGGUUACCUGGCUCCUGAAUAUGCGAUUCGAGGACAAGUGACACGGAAGGCAGAUGUCUACAGCUAUGGCGUUCUUCUUAUUGAAAUAGUUAGUGGAAGAUGCAAUACUGAUACGAAAUUGCCCUACGAUGAUCAGAUUCUUCUUGAGAAGACAUGGAGAUACUACGACCAGGGGAAUCUAGAGAAGAUCAUAGACAGUUCUCUGGGCGAUGAUCUGGACGUCGACGAAGCCUGCAGGUUCCUGAAGGUCGGGCUCCUCUGCACCCAGGACUUCACGAAGCGGCGGCCGGGCAUGUCAGCGGUGGUCGCCAUGCUGAAAGGCGAGGCGGACGUGGACACUGAGAUGAUCAGCAAGCCCGACGUGAUCAGGGACUUCAGGGACCUGAAGCUCCGGAGCAGGGCCACGUCGUCGACGCUGCUGACCUCCAUCAUGGCGCGCUCGUCCCCGCUGUCGUCUGGAGAGACGACGCGGACCUCCAUCACCUUUACAGCGAUAUCGGAGCGCGACUGAUGAUCGGCGACGAGGCUGGAUGCAACUGCGACCGUGUAGCUAGUGCAAAUUGGAUGUAGCAUAGGCGAGAAUUCCUUUUCGGUGGUUGUGUGAUUUUGGUGUGUAUAGAUGUGCUUCUCCCCCGGUUAUAGUGGAUGAAAAAAAUUGGUUAUAGCUUCAGAGACAGAAUCGACUUCUGAAGUAAAGAAAUGGAAAUCUGCUCGUUUCAACCUUUUAUUGUCUGUACAUUCAGAAAACGAGUUGUUAGUAUCUGUAUGACUGUAUAAGUGUAUAUAUAUGAAGUGCAGAUUCAGUCA